UCGCCGGCCGGAGAGAACGAGAGAGAGAGAGAGAGAGAGAGAGAGAGAGAGAGAGAGUUAGUUUUGUUUUUAAAAAGAAGAAAACAAAAGAAGAAGAAGAAGAAAAAAAAAUCUGAUGUGGAAAUUCCACAUCAGGUUGUAAAAAAUUGGGUGUAAGGGUUUGGGAGUAAGUCUAGCAUUUUCCUUCUUUUGUAGAGAAGGAUGCGUUUAUUUGGUGACCGCAAUGUCUCUCUGGAACUGGAAGUCCUCCACUUCUUUGAGCUCCACCGAAGCUAAUUGCUCAUCCCAGAUGGCCUAGUCAAAACUUGCAUUAUGACAUUUGAUGGGGAAUUUUAUGCUGCCGCCUUGGAUGUUUUCUUGUUUCUACAAAGUGGUUUAGAAUGAUUCCUCCUGUUUGAGAGACUAAUUCUGCCUUUCUUCAGUGCCUCAGGUGAAUUGUGAUUCUCAGUUCAGUUUGACAAUAUGAUUAAAAUUUGCAACUGCCGCAAGAAACUAUUUUUGGAAGGGAUGAUGCUAACCAGAAUGUUCAGUUCUAGUGAACUAACAGGAGAGGUUUCAGAUCCAAUGAAAAGAAUUUGUGAAACUAUGAUGUCUUGCCCGGCAUUAGCUCUUGAUACUGCACUUAACCAAAGUGGAAUUAGAGUUUCUCCAGAUAUAGUUGAGGAUGUCCUCAAGAGAUUUGAGAAUGGUGGUAUGUUGGCAUAUCGGUUCUUUGAAUGGGCUGGGAGACAACGAAAUUAUGUGCACAGUGUCAGGGCUUACCACACCAUGAUCCAGUCUCUGGCCAAGAUAAGGCAGUAUCAGAUCAUGUGGGAUCUUGUGAAUUCUAUGAGGAACAAGAGCAUGCUAAAUGUUGAGACAUUUUGCAUUAUAAUGAGAAAGUAUGCCAGGGCUCAGAAGGUGGAGGAGGCGGUUUACACAUUUAAUGUCAUGGAGAAAUAUGAUAUCCCCCCAAAUCUAGCAGCAUUCAAUGGCCUUCUAAGUGCUUUGUGCAAGUCCAAGAAUGUGAGGAAGGCUCAGGAGAUCUUUGACAGUAUGAAAGAUCGAUUUGUUCCCGACUCAAAGACUUACAGUAUAUUGCUUGGGGGGUGGGGAAAGGCUCCAAAUCUGCCCAAGGCAAGGGAGAUUUUCCAGGAAAUGGUUGACAUGGGUUGCGACCCUGAUAUAGUGACCUUUGGCACCAUGGUUGACGUUCUUUGCAAGGCAGGAAGAGUUGAUGAAGCCGUUGAAAUUGUUAAAAAGAUGGAUACCGGGGCUUGCAAGCCAACAUCUUUCAUUUAUAGUGUUUUGGUUCAUACGUAUGGGAUAGAAAAUCGGAUUGAAGAUGCUGUAGGUAUGUUCUUAGAGAUGGAAAGGAAUGGAAUUAAGCCUGAUGUGGCAUCGUACAAUGCAUUGAUUAGCGCUUUCUGUAAUGUAAACAAGUUAAAGAAUGUGUAUAGGGUCUUAAAUGAUAUGAACUGCAAGGGUGUUACUCCCAAUUCAAGGACCUGCAACAUUAUUCUAAAUAGUUUGAUCUCCCGCAAAGAGACUGAUGAUGCAUUUAGAAUCUUUCGCAGGAUGAUCAAGGUAUGUGAACCAGAUGCAGACACAUAUACAGUGAUGAUAAAGCUGUUUUGUGAAAGGGAUGAGCUGGAUAUGGCUCUUAAAGUGUGGAAGUACAUGAAGUUGAAGCAGUUUGUUCCAAGCAUGCAUAUAUUUUCAGUUCUUAUAAAUGGAUUGUGCAAGAAGGGGAAUGUUACCAAGGCUUGUGUAUUAUUGGAAGAGAUGAUAGAAAAGGGAAUCCGACCAUCAGGUGUGACAUUUGGGAGGUUAAGACAAUUGCUUAUAAAGGAAGGAAGAGAAGAUGUACUCAAAUUUCUUCAGGAGAAAAUGAACCUUCUGGUCAAGGAGCCUUUAUGUGAUUGAGAAGCCUUGUCUAGCAACAUAUUAAAAUUAGAGCUGCUUAUAUUGUUGAUCCAGCGUGCAAGUGAUUUGGAGUUGUGAUGCUGGUUACUGCUUAGUAAUAAGAGAAAAUACCAUCUUUUGCAGAUCAUUGUUGACGGCACCAUAGAGGACAUUACAGAGUACGUAAAUCAAUUGAAAGGAUCAGGAAGUUAUACAUUUGAUGAAGCGUCUUGAAGAAAAACAAGUUCUGAAAAAUAACGAAGUGGGAAAGAGUAAAAAUGAUUUCGAAGUUUUCAGACUAGAAGCCAGAAGGGAAGUGUUUGUAUGAAUUAUGUAGAUCUGUCUUUUAAGUAUUAAUUAUAUUUGAUCAAACAAGUAUAAUUGAUUUUUCAUAUUUUCUGCC